AAUUUCAUACUGUCUGAUAAAUAACAAAUGCCUUCAUGAAGGUGACCUUUUACUAGAAUAGCAAGUAUUGACAUGGUCUUAAACAAGAGUAACCACUACUUAAUCCUACAGCUAAUGGACCGUGAAGGAGUGUGUUUAAGGUUAUUACUGCAGCACCAGGUACAGACACAGGCUGUUAUUCAGUGCUAUGGACAAUGUUGUAUUGCAGCUAAUAGUUCACAGUUCACAGAGGUGGAAAAACAAGGAAGUACUGCUUUCAGACUACGACGAGGAUGGCGCUUCGGGCAGUUGGGAGACGUUUGUGGCACGUCCAGAGGGACUGUUUGAAGACUGUCUCUAUCCAAACACUUGGAGUUGUCAGAUUCAAAACAACCUGUCCAAUUGAAGUGAGCCAUUUGGAUCAUUUGGUUCUAACAGUGAAAAGUGUGCCAGACACAGUCAACUUUUAUACUUCAGUCCUUGGCAUGGAAGUCAUCACUUUCAAGGGAAACCGUAAGGCUCUGGGAUUCGGGCAGCAGAAGUUUAACCUUCACCAGCUGGGCCAGGAGUUUGAUCCCAAAGCCAAGCAUCCAAUGUCAGGCUCUGCAGACUUGUGCCUCAUCACCAAAACCCCUCUGGCCACAGUAGCUGAACAUCUGAAGGUCUGUGGAGUCGAGAUAGAGGAGGGUCCAGUGGAGAGGACUGGAGCUGUGGGGGCCAUCACCUCUCUUUACUUCAGAGAUCCAGACCACAAUCUCAUCGAAGUGUCCAACUACAACCAGUCAGCAGAGGGAUCUUCUUGAGACAUCUUUGACCUUGUUUGCGCACGUAAAAGCAUCCGAUCACUGCACUAGCUCUGUCUGUUGGACCCGCUUUGCGCAAUUAGCUAUGAAGAUUGAGACCAAAAUUACUGUAAUUCAAACAACACAGGCCCUCCUUUCAGACUAGGGUGGAGAACAUCAGUUAGCCGUGCAGAGACCUGUGUAGUACUGCAGACCAGAGGCUGCUGUUUUAAUUAUGCGUAGAAAAGGCUAAAGAGCUAUAUGACCAAAUGGGUACUUUUGAACAAUGUUUUUACUGUGUGAAGAAAAACUGAAUCAGUGUUUUUUCAGUGGAAAAUAAAAAGGUUCUUA